AUGGGAGACGCGGAAAAAGGCGCCAAAGUCUUCAAACAGAAGUGCGCGCAGUGUCACACCGCCAACAAAGGUGGCAAACACACAACCGGUCCAAACCUUCAUGGCAUCUUCGGACGGAAAACCGGACAGGCGCCAGGGUUUUCCUACACUGAGGCAAACAAAAAUAAAGGAAUCUCUUGGGGUGAGGAUACGUUGGACAUUUACCUUCAGAAUCCUAAAAAGUACAUCCCGGGGACGAAAAUGAUCUUCGCAGGAAUCAAGAAAGUGAGCGAAAGAAAGGAUUUGAUUGCGUAUCUGAAGGAGGUGACCAGCAGUUAG